CCGGGCGGGGGCGCCGGCAGCACCCAGCACGUCACCUAGGCCGCCCCCGUCGGCCCUCCCCCGGGCGGGGCCAGCCCCGACGGCGCUGACUCAGCAACGCGAGGGGGGAGUUUUGUCCCUCCGCGGACCCCGUUUCUCUUGGCUUCAGCUUCCCCGCCACCACUGAGCCGGUUUCCUUUUUCCGGCGCUCCGGGUGCCAGAGUCAGGUCCGGCCACCUAGGCAGCAAGCCUCAGUGCAACCCCGGCCCUCGCCUGAGGACCCCGAAUACUACCGUUACCCCGCCGGGCAUCGUGGGCGCCAUGAACAACGCGGGACUGAAUUCGGAGAAGGUAGCUGCCCUGAUUCAGAAACUGAAUUGCGACUCCCAGUUCGUACUUGCUCAGAAUGUCGGGACUACUCACGACCUUCUGGACAUCUGUCUGAAGAGAGCAACGGUACAGGGUACUCAGCAUGUGUUCCAGCAUGUUGUGCCUCAGGAGGGCAAGCCUGUCACCAACCAGAAGAGCUCAGGGCGAUGCUGGAUCUUUUCUUGUCUGAAUGUUAUGAGACUUCCAUUCAUGAAAAAAUUAAAUAUUGAAGAAUUUGAGUUUAGUCAGUCUUACCUGUUUUUCUGGGACAAGGUUGAACGCUGUUAUUUCUUCUUGAAUGCUUUUGUGGACACAGCCCAGAAAAAGGAGCCUGAGGAUGGGAGGCUGGUGCAGUUUUUGCUUACGAACCCUGCAAAUGAUGGUGGGCAAUGGGAUAUGCUUGUCAAUAUUGUUGAAAAAUAUGGUGUUGUCCCUAAGAAAUGCUUCCCUGAAUCUUAUACAACAGAGGCAACCAGAAGGAUGAAUGAUAUUCUGAAUCACAAGAUGAGAGAAUUCUGUAUACGACUGCGGAAUCUCGUACACAGCGGAGCGACCAAAGGAGAAAUCUCAGCCACACAGGAUAUCAUGAUGGAGGAGAUAUUGCGAGUGGUGUGCAUCUGUUUGGGUAAUCCACCAGAGACAUUCACCUGGGAGUACCGAGACAAAGAUAAAAAUUAUCACAGAAUUGGCCCCAUAACACCCUUGGAGUUUUACAGGGAACAUGUCAAGCCACUCUUCAAUAUGGAAGAUAAGAUUUGUUUAGUGAAUGACCCCAGGCCCCAGCACAAGUACAACAGACUUUACACAGUGGACUACUUAAGCAAUAUGGUUGGAGGGAGAAAAACUCUGUAUAACAACCAACCCAUUGAAUUCUUGAAAAAGAUGGUUGCUGCCUCCAUUAAAGAUGGAGAGGCUGUGUGGUUUGGCUGUGAUGUUGGAAAAUACUUCAAUGGCAAGCUGGGCCUCAGUGACAUGAAUGUCUAUGACCAUGAGUUAGUGUUCGGUGUCUCCUUGAAGAACAUGAAUAAAGCGGAGAGGUUGACUUUUGGUGAGUCACUUAUGACCCACGCCAUGGCCUUCACUGCUGUCUCAGAGAAGGAUGAUCAGGGUUGUGCAUUCGUGAAAUGGAGAGUGGAGAAUUCAUGGGGUGAAGACCAUGGCCACAAAGCAGUUCUCAAGAUGUUGUCUGAGGAUCCCUGCAGAUCCCUGGGACCUUUUUUGGGGGUCUGCAAGGUCUUCCCUUCUCCAACAACAUAUCUGUGCGAGGCUGGAAUUUCUUCAUCUACUUCAGCCGUAACAACAUACUGCAACAGAUUGAACACAGAUGCAGAUACUGGAACUCAGCUGUCUUCUUUGAAGCCAGACGUUGAAAUGUUACCUGUGCAUGACAGAUGAGUGGUUCUCUGAGUAUGUCUACGAAGUGGUGGUGGACAGGAAGCAUGUCCCUGAAGAGGUGCUAGCUGUGUUAGAGCAGGAACCCAUUAUCCUGCCAGCAUGGGACCCCAUGGGGGCUUUGGCUGAGUGAUAUUGCCUCCAGCUCUUUCCUCCUCCCGUGGAACCUGAAGUAGCUGCAAAGGACAGAUCCAGGGACUGAAGCCAAAGUUACGUAGGUGACUGUGUUCCCAUAGGACACAGUUAGACUCUUGGAUUUCCAGUCUCUUCCAGGAGCUUCUUCGGGGAAGUGUGCUUUAUGCUGAAACAAAAUAUUCUUGAAGAAAACAAAAAGGGGAAAGAUCAGGUCAUACUAUCUACUCUCCUCAUCUCCAACAGCUCAGGAUCUCUUAGCAUUUUAAUCAAAUGUAAUUGUUUGUCUUAACUCUGUCAAAAAGGUUUGAUUCAGUAUCUGUUUUAAUAAGACAGGAGAGGAUGAGCAAUUGAGGUAUGUGGGGAGAAAACAGACCUAAUGCUCCUUGUCCUAGAGUAGAGUGGGGGGAGGGUUACCUAAGAUUUGAGCUCUCAAAACUGCAUGCUGCCUGACAGUAUCGCUGUCCUUCCUACAUGGCAGUCACUGAAUUCAAUUCUUUCAAGGUAAUUUCAUGUGCCUCUAAUAGCCCAAGAAUGGGAGGUUGAUCAGGUCUGACAUGAUUCCUUCCUGUUUUUCUGAACAGUGGGAAGCACAGUUCUACUUGAGUCAGGUUUAAGUAGAGGCUUAUUAGACAAACGGGUGAGAGAACAGCUAAAACCUGAUCAUGAUCUCAAUUAUAAUCAUUAGGGGGAGCUCUCGCCAAGUAGUUUAACUUCUGCCUCUGGAAUUGGGGGUUGGGUGGGCAAGGAAAAGGUGAUCCAUUCUUUCUGACAGCUAGAUGGUGCUGAGAUGCUUUUGAAUAAAACACUUUGCUAAAUGAAAA